AUGGAAGACGAGUCACAGCCACCGCCCGUAAAGGACGAUGGCCAAGCUAUCUCGGCGCUGGAAGGCUACCAGUUCACUUUUGGCCCUCAGGCCGAGAGCAUGUACACGUUGGAUUCGUCCUCAUUAUCCGAUAGUGUCAUGGAUUUCCCACGGCAGUUUGGCCGGACCUAUCAUGCGUAUAAAGAAGGAUCAUACGCUUUCCCAAAUGACGAAGUAGAACAAGAGCGGCUAGCCUUGCAGGAUUGUGCCUUCACCAAGGCGAUGUGCGACAAGCUCUACUUUGCGCCGCUGGAUGAUCAUCCUCCCAGGCGAAUCCUCGACAUUGCUACUGGCACGGGGGACUGGGCCGUGUCAAUGGGCGAUCGCUUCCCAAAUGCCAUCGUUACAGCUACGGACUUGUCACCAAUCCAACCCGAGGUCGUCCCGACGAAUGUGGAAUUUUAUGUGGAAGAUUCCUCCGAACCUUGGAAUUACAGCGAUGAAUAUGAUUACAUCCACACCAAAACAACAGGCGGCUGCUGGGAAUCCUACGAGACACAGAUUGCGCAACAGGCCUUUGAAACACUUUCCCCAGGAGGCUGGUUCGAAUCCCAAGAGUGCGACUCGGUACCUUGCUGCGACGAUGAUACGCUCAAGCCGGACAGUGCAUUGGCGUCAUGGUUCCAGGAGUUCCUCCACGCCGGAGAGGAGGCUAAACGGCCUCACACGGAAGGUUGCAAGCUUAAAAGCAUAUAUGAGCGCGUUGGGUUUGUCGAUGUUCACGAGCGGAGAUUCAAGGUUCCUCUAAAUGGCUGGCCCAAGGACCAGGGUCUGAAGGAGAUUGGGAGGCUGAUGGAGCUGAAUAUGCAGAUGGGGCUGAGUGCGUUUUCGCUGGGCCUUUUCAACCGCAUCUAUGGACGGACACCUGAGGAGAUUGAGGUAUCUCUGGUUGAAGUCCGGCGAGACGUGUCGGAUCCAUCGAUUCACGCAUACUUGCCUAUUUUUGUGGUUUGGGGGAGAAAGCCAUUUCCAGGAGAACGGUGA